AUUUGGAGUCGUUGCUGUCUCCCGUGCUUUGAUGUGGCAUUCUGGUUUUUUUCUGAUGCAGUAGAUUCAAUUCUCAAUUUUUCUAUACAAUUUUCUUCUUGUUUCCAGGACAGCUUAAUAUAGGAAAGAUUUGUAAUACAACGAAUUUGAUAUAGGGAUAAAAUAGUACUAUUUUAAGGUAGGAUUUUGAAAAUAGAUACCUAAAGCACACAUUCCAAUUUCUUUACACAUAUUCAUAUUCCAUAUUUUGAUUUACCCCAAGAACAACAUACAAAAUGGCCGCCACUCAUGACGAAGAUGCCCUUCCCGAUUUCGAGGAAGACCAGAACUUUGCCGAAACCAACGGAAACGGCGGCGAAACGAAGAAGGGUAGAAAUUCUAGACGACUACUUCAUCUGCUUCGCAACAACUUCACAGCGAGAAAAGUAAGUAGCUCACCUCUCAACGAGAAGAGCAGGAGUAGCCUGUUGUAGAAAAUCAUUUUAGAAGCUCGUGUGGUCGUGACGAAGGUGCACUUCACUUCCACUGCGGCUGAACCUCACGGAAUUUGUGAAAUCUAAAUGUGCUUCUCCGCCAACAAGAAAAAACUGCUUCAACCUCAAAUCUAAAUCCUCUGGCGACCCACUCAGAAAAUCGAAAUCAAGGAAAGCCAAUUACCCACCAGCAACCACCCCACUCACUUCCAAAUUUAGGUAACUACAUCGGUAUCCAUGCUUCCGGUUUCCGUGAUUUCUUGUUGAAGGCCGAGUUGCAGCGCGCCGUUGUCGACUGCGGUUUCGAACAUCCGUCCGAGGUCCAGCACGAGUGCAUCCCGCAGGCAGUGUUGGGUAUAGUUGAUUUUCAUUUCUUCUUAAAAAGUUAUUUCGACAGUUUCUGGUGGUCACUCUCAUUGUAUGUUGGACUAAUGAAUCUAAAGAUUUGAAAUCCAUCGAUUUUCUAAAUCUCCUCCCAUUUUUCUCACCUGAUAAUCAUCACAAUCACACCACCUUCACUCUCACAGGUACCGAUGUCCUCUGCCAGGCGAAGUCUGGUAUGGGAAAGACUGCUGUCUUCGUCUUGUCUACCUUGCAGGCUCUUGAGGAAGGAACCGUUGCCGUCGAAGAAGGAAAGGAUGAGAAAAGAAAUAAGCUCCAAGUCUUGGUCCUCUGCCACGCUCGUGAAUUGGCCUACCAAAUCAAGAAGGAAUAUGACCGGUAUAGUCCUUUUGUUGUACUUAGAUGGAUCUUCUUUAGACUGCUUGGGAGGUAUCCUUUUGUUGCAGACAUGGAUCUUCUUUAGAACUACUCCUUUUGUUGUAGACAUGGAUCUUCUUUAGAACUGCUUGGGAGUGCCUUUUGGGUAGACGGAACUUUUGGCACUUCAACAGCGUAGUCUGUAGUUCUAAGUUUUUCGGUUUAGAUUCUCGCGUCUGCAUCAUUCGUAGUAGUUCAUCCCAGCACAUUCUUCGCUUAAAGGCUUACUCCUGAAAACAUAACACACAGAUUCGCCAAGUACUUCCAGUGGUGCAAGGUUUCGGUCGUGUACGGUGGUACCCCGAUUACAAAGGACAAGGAAAUGCUCAAGGGAACGGAUUCCCCUCACAUCAUGAUCGGAACUCCAGGUAUCCUAUAACUUUUGAUGGGUUUUUUGACAAAUACACAUCUUAUAAGUAUUCCAGUAACCUCUGCAUCUGACACCAGUAGAACCGACUUGUGACAUUGCUUAGGUGUAUGCGCAACAUCAGGCUUUCUCUUUAGCCAUAGAGCCACCUUAAACCAAUGUAGCACUCCUCAGGUCGUGUCCUCGCACCACCACCUUAAACCAAUGUACCACUCCUCAGGUCGUGUCCUCGCACUCGUCAAGGAAAAGGCACUCGAUAUGAG